AUGGCUGAGAGAAAGGGGGCAUGGAAAUGGCGGGAGGACUCCGUGUGGAUAGUCAGGACACUUCGAUUCAGCUGGGCGGAAGCCGACGUGGGAGAUGCGGCUGAAGACGUUGGGAGCUUGGGGCUUGGGGCUUGGGGCUUGAGCCAUGUCAGUGCGCGCUCGCUGGUCACAGUUCACCUGGGAGACGCGAAACCCCGCGUCCCCCCUCAGUCGGCGGUGUGGCUCGGUUGUGUUUAUGUCAAACUCAGCAGGGGUCGGUCGGUCGCACCUUCCCAAGUUUUCUACCCACCUCAUACACGCGACAGUGACGACAACAACGAGAAACCAACGCGUUCCAUCACCAUCACCAUCUCGACCACCACAUUCAAUUCCCAUCGAACCAACGAACAAACGAAUCCCAUCACGCGAACCUCCACUCGAUCCACCAGAGACGCCCUCAACCCUCAACCCUCAACCCUGAGCUUGCUUCCCCUCCUCUUCCAGUUCCUUGGCUGUGUGCCGAACCGACGCUAUUCCAUGGACUGUCGAUAG